AAUGAAGAGGCGUAUUACUUACCCGAGUUUCGCUGUGUGUGAAUUUAUAUUAGGUUUUGACGCACUAGCCGCAGAUUUAGAGCAACGGCUACUUGUAGUGUACGAUUUGAAUCGUUUCUUAGUUUUGUGCAUUCGUGCAGUACGGACUGCUACAGAAACAUCGUGGAACUGAACGUGCAAUUUUUAUUAUAAGUGCUUGUUUCAAUCUCUCAAAGAAUGCCACGCCCAGUUAAACAGGAGGGUGAUGAUCCCGAUCCAACCCCCUAUUUGUACAUAUCAUUGGAACAAAAACGUAUCGAUCAAACCAAGCCAUACGAUGCCAAGAAAGCUUGCUGGGUUCCCGAUGAAGCUGAAGGUUUCGUACAAGGAGAAAUCCAAUCUACCAAAGGAGACUUGGUCAAUGUUAAAUUGCCCGGCGGAGAGGUGAAAGACUUCAAGAAAGAGCAAGUAGGACAAGUAAACCCGCCCAAAUUUGAAAAAUGCGAGGAUAUGUCAAAUUUGACGUACUUAAACGAUGCCUCUGUACUUUAUAAUUUGAAAGAAAGAUAUUACGCUAAGCUCAUUUACACUUACUCCGGAUUGUUUUGCGUUGCCAUCAAUCCUUACAAAAGAUUCCCUGUAUAUACGACUCGCUGUGCUAAAUUAUACAGAGGCAAGAGGCGUAAUGAAGUUCCUCCUCACGUAUUCGCCAUUUCUGACGGCGCUUACGUCAACAUGCUUACAAACAAAGAAAAUCAAUCUAUGUUGAUUACUGGUGAGUCUGGUGCCGGUAAAACUGAAAACACGAAGAAAGUAAUCGCUUACUUCGCCACUGUUGGUGCCAGUACGAAAAAAGAUGAAGCCGCUAGCGAAAAGAAAGGUACAUUGGAAGAUCAAGUAGUACAAACUAACCCUGUACUUGAAGCCUUCGGUAACGCCAAGACCGUCCGUAACGAUAACUCUUCUCGUUUCGGUAAAUUCAUCAGAAUUCAUUUCGGACCCUCUGGAAAAUUAGCCGGAGCUGAUAUCGAAACUUAUUUAUUGGAAAAAGCUCGUGUAAUCUCGCAACAAACUUUGGAACGUUCCUACCACAUUUUCUACCAAAUUAUGUCUGGCUCAGUUCCCGGCGUGAAAGCUAUGUGUAUGCUCAGUAACGAUAUCUACGAUUACGUCAAUGUAUCUCAAGGAAAAAUCACCAUUCCUGGUGUUAACGACGCCGAAGAAUUCACACUGACCGACCAAGCCUUCGACGUCUUGGGUUUCACUCAAGAAGAAAAGAACGACAUUUACAAGAUCACCGCCGCUGUAAUGCACAUGGGUUGUAUGAAAUUCAAACAACGUGGUCGUGAAGAACAAGCUGAAGCUGAUGGAACUGAGGAAGGUGGCAGAGUAGCCAAAUUGUUAGGUAUCGAUACCGAUGAUCUCUACAAGAACUUAUUGAAACCAAGAAUCAAAGUCGGUAACGAAUUCGUAACCCAAGGAAGAAACAAGGAUCAAGUAUCUUACUCCGUUGGUGCCAUGUCAAAGGCUAUGUUUGACAGGCUAUUCAAAUUCUUAGUAAAGAAAUGUAAUGAAACCUUGGACACCAAACAAAAACGUCAAUCAUUCAUUGGUGUACUGGAUAUUGCUGGUUUCGAAAUCUUCGACUUCAACGGUUUCGAACAACUGUGUAUCAACUUUACAAACGAAAAAUUACAACAAUUCUUUAACCAUCACAUGUUCGUCCUGGAACAAGAAGAAUACAAGAAAGAGGGUAUUAAUUGGGCUUUCAUCGAUUUCGGAAUGGAUUUAUUAGCCUGUAUCGAACUUAUCGAAAAGCCCAUGGGUAUCCUCUCCAUCCUUGAAGAAGAAUCUAUGUUCCCUAAAGCUACCGACAAAACAUUCGAAGAAAAAUUGAUGAACAACCAUUUGGGCAAAUCACCCAACUUCCAGAAACCCAAACCACCCAAGCCAGGUGUACCAGCUGGUCACUUCGCCAUUAGUCACUACGCCGGUGUUGUAUCUUACAACAUCAGUGGAUGGUUAGAAAAGAACAAGGAUCCGUUGAACGACAGUGUCGUCGAUCAAUUCAAAAAGGGUACCAACAAACUCUUGAUCGAAAUUUUCGCUGAUUGCGCUGGACAAUCUGGUGGCGGUGAUGCUAAAGGAGGUGGACGAGGUAAAAAAGGUGGUGGUUUCGCUACUGUAUCUUCAUCAUAUAAGGAACAAUUGAACAACUUGAUGACCACUUUGAGAAGCACUCAACCUCACUUCGUACGUUGUAUCAUUCCCAAUGAAUUGAAACAGCCUGGUGUAAUUGAUUCCAAAUUAGUAAUGCACCAGUUGACAUGUAACGGUGUACUUGAAGGUAUCCGUAUCUGUCGUAAAGGUUUCCCCAACAGAAUGGUUUACCCCGACUUCAAACUCCGAUACAUGAUUUUAGCACCGGCAAUAAUGUCUGCCGAGGCAGAUCCUAAAAACGCUGCGGCUAAAUGUCUCCAAGAAGUGGGCUUAGAUCCGGAUAGCUAUCGUAUUGGUUUUACAAAGGUAUUCUUCAGAGCUGGUGUCUUGGGUCAGAUGGAAGAAAUCCGUGACGAACGUUUGAGCAAAAUUAUCAGUUGGAUGCAAGGUUACAUUCGUGGUUACAUUAGCCGAAAACAAUUCAAGAAGUUGCAAGAACAAAGAUUGGCCUUAAUCGUAGUCCAAAGAAACUUGAGAAACUACUUGAAAUUGAGAACGUGGCCAUGGUGGAAGAUGUGGACUCGUGUAAAGCCAUUGCUCAACGUACAAAACUUGGAAGACGACUUACGGCGAUUGGAAGAGGAAGUGGCUACCACCAAGACUGCUUUGGAAAAGGAAGAAAAAUUAAGAAAAGAAUUGGAAGCUUUGAACAGCAAAUUGUUAUCGGAAAAAACAGCGUUGUUAUCUUCGUUGGAAGGAGAGAAAGGCGAAUUAUCCAGCAUUCAAGAACGAUCUGCUAAAUUACAAGCACAAAAGGCUGAUUUAGAAUUACAAUUACAGGACACCCAAGACAGAUUACAACAGGAAGAAGAUGCCAGGAACCAAUUAUUCCAACAAAAGAAAAAAAUGGAACAAGAAAACUCUGGACUCAAGAAAGAUAUCGAAGAUCUCGAAUUGGCCAUGCAAAAGGCUGAUCAAGACAAGGCCACCAAGGAUCACCAGAUCAGGAACUUGAACGAUGAAAUCGCCCACCAAGACGAACUCAUCAAUAAAUUGAACAAAGAAAAGAAGAUCCAAGGAGAAACCGUACAAAAGACUUCCGAAGAAUUACAGGCUGCUGAAGAUAAGAUUAACCACUUGAACAAAGUUAAGACGAAAUUGGAACAAACUUUGGAUGAACUUGAAGAUUCCCUCGAACGCGAAAAGAAACUCAGAGGCGACGUAGAAAAAUCCAAGAGGAAGAUCGAAGGCGAUUUGAAAUUGACCCAAGAAACCGUUACCGAUUUAGAACGUAAUAAGAAAGAAUUAGAACAAACCAUUGUCAGGAAAGACAAAGAAAUCGCUUCUCUCACUGCCAAAUUAGAAGACGAACAAGUUCUAGUCAGCAAACAACAGAAACAAAUCAAAGAAUUGCAAGCCCGUAUCGAAGAAUUAGAAGAAGAAGUCGAAGCCGAAAGACAAGCUCGUGCCAAGGCUGAAAAACAACGCGCCGACUUAGCCAGAGAAUUAGAAGAAUUAGGCGACAGGCUAGAAGAAGCCGGUGGUGCUACCUCUGCUCAAAUCGAACUGAACAAGAAACGUGAAGCCGAAAUGAGCAAACUCAGACGCGACUUGGAAGAAGCCAACAUUCAACACGAAGCCACUCUUUCCAACCUGAGAAAGAAACACAACGAUGCUGUUGCUGAAAUGGGCGAACAAAUCGACCAACUCAACAAACUGAAGACCAAAGCUGAGCAUCACGCCGCGUAUUUAGCAAAUGAUUUGAAUAAUACCAGAGCGGCUGUCGAUCAAGUUCAAAGAGAGAAGGCUGCAACCGAAAAGAUCCUGAAACAAGUACAACACCAAUUAGGCGAAACUCAGGGCAAAUUAGACGAAACGAACCGCACAUUGAAUGACUUCGACGCCGCCAAGAAGAAAUUGAGCAUUGAAAACUCCGACUUAUUGCGCCAAUUAGAGGAAGCCGAAUCUCAAGUAUCUCAAUUAAGCAAACUCAAGAUCUCAUUGGCUACUCAAUUGGAAGACACGAAACGAUUGGCGGAUGAAGAAUCACGCGAACGUGCUACUUUACUCGGCAAAUUCCGUAACUUGGAACACGAAAUCGAUAACAUUCGCGAACACUUGGAAGAAGAAGCUGAAGCUAAGGCUGAUAUCCAAAGACAAUUGAGCAAAGCUAACGCUGAAGUUCAAUUAUGGCGCACGAAAUACGAAUCUGAAGGUGUAGCCCGCAUUGAAGAAUUAGAAGAAGCCAAACGUAAAUUACAAGCUCGUCUCGCCGAAGCCGAAGAAACCAUCGAAUCAUUGAACCAGAAAGUCAUCGCUUUAGAAAAGACCAAACAAAGAUUAGCUACCGAAGUUGAAGACUUACAAUUAGAAGUCGACAGAGCCACUGCCAUCGCUAAUGCCGCUGAAAAGAAAGCCAAAGCCAUUGACAAGAUCAUUGGUGAAUGGAAACUCAAAGUUGACGACCUCGCUGCUGAAUUGGAUGCUAGUCAGAAAGAAUGCAGAAAUUACUCCACCGAAUUAUUCAGACUUAAGGGAGCUUACGAAGAAGCCCAAGAACAACUCGAAAGCGUACGACGUGAAAACAAGAACUUGGCUGAUGAAGUUAAAGACUUACUUGACCAAAUCGGUGAAGGUGGACGCAACAUUCACGAAAUCGAAAAAGCCAGAAAGAGGUUAGAAGUUGAAAAGGAUGAAUUACAAGCUGCCUUAGAAGAAGCCGAAGCAGCCCUUGAACAAGAAGAAAACAAAGUCCUCAGAGCCCAAUUAGAAUUAUCGCAAGUAAGACAAGAAAUUGACAGAAGGAUACAAGAGAAAGAAGAAGAAUUCGAAAACACCAGAAAGAACCACCAAAGAGCCUUAGAUUCCAUGCAGGCUAGUUUAGAAGCUGAAGCUAAAGGAAAAGCUGAAGCUUUACGUAUGAAGAAGAAACUUGAAGCUGAUAUCAACGAAUUGGAAAUUGCUCUUGACCACGCUAACAAGGCCAAUGCUGAAGCUCAAAAGAACAUCAAACGCUACCAACAACAAUUGAAGGAUGUACAAACUGCCCUAGAAGAAGAACAAAGAGCACGUGAAGAUGCCAGAGAACAACUUGGAAUCUCUGAAAGACGCGCCAACGCUUUACAAAACGAAUUAGAAGAAUCUAGAACAUUAUUAGAACAAGCCGACCGAGGCCGCAGACAAGCCGAACAAGAAUUGAGCGAUGCUCACGAACAAUUGAACGAAUUAUCUGCUCAAGCUACUUCCAUUUCAGCCGCUAAGAGGAAAUUAGAAGGCGAAUUACAAACCUUACAUUCUGACUUAGAUGAAUUAUUAAAUGAAGCUAAGAACUCCGAAGAAAAAGCCAAGAAAGCCAUGGUAGAUGCUGCUCGUCUUGCCGAUGAAUUAAGAGCAGAACAAGACCACGCUCAAACGCAAGAAAAAUUAAGAAAAGCAUUAGAAACCCAAAUUAAGGAAUUACAAAUUAGAUUAGACGAAGCUGAAAACAAUGCACUUAAAGGAGGCAAAAAAGCCAUCCAAAAAUUAGAACAACGAGUACGUGAUUUAGAAAAUGAAUUAGACGGCGAACAAAGGCGACACGCUGACGCUCAAAAGAACUUACGUAAAGCCGAAAGAAGAAUUAAAGAAUUAAGCUUCCAAGCCGAAGAAGACAGAAAGAACCACGAACGUAUCCAAGAUUUAGUUGAUAAGUUACAACAGAAAAUCAAGACUUACAAGAGACAGAUAGAAGAAGCCGAAGAAAUUGCCGCCUUGAACUUGGCCAAAUUCAGAAAAGCUCAACAAGAAUUAGAGGAAGCUGAAGAACGUGCUGAUUUAGCAGAACAAGCCAUCCAAAAAAUGAGAACGAAAGGUAGAUCUGGAUCUACCGCAAGGGGGUCUAGCCCACUCUCACAAAAAUCUCGUAAAAUCUCCGUGGAAUAAGAUACUACUGCUGUUUGCACAUCGCCCACCAGUGAAGCCGCAGUUCGACGGAUUAGCGUUCCCUCCUCGAUUUGACCUUCACGACGGAGAUUUCUAAGUCGUCGUUUAUUGCAUUCGAAGCUUUUAUUUUUAAAAACCGUAUUUAUUAACAUAAUCAUUUUACUAUUAUUUUGAAAUCAUAGGAAAUGAUCGUUGAUUGUUGAAAAAUUUGGCAUUUUAUUUUUAUAUAACAUCUUUUCUUGGCAUCAUGAACACCAAAUGAUACGUAUUUCUAUUUUUUAAUUAUGUUAAUCAUUUUAACAUUUCAAAAGUGUAUAUAUAAGUUAAACUGUAAGUGGCUUCUUUGAGGGCUUCAGUAAACAGCACUAGUUAUGUUAAUCAGUAAUAAAUAAUAGUAUUUAA